CUAUGUCAAUGUGUCUGUCCUUCACUCCUCCAUUGUCUGCCGCCGCUGCUGCUGCUGCUGCUGCUGCUGCCGCUGCCGCUGCACGAAUCGCCGCAGCCCCCAGCCUUGCGCGUCGUCGCUACCUCCUCGGACAGAAAUUUUAUGAAUAAGCAUCAGAAGCCAGUGCUAACAGGCCAGCGGUUCAAAACUCGGAAAAGGGAUGAAAAAGAGAAAUUCGAACCCACAGUCUUCAGGGAUACACUUGUCCAGGGGCUUAAUGAGGCUGGUGAUGACCUUGAAGCUGUAGCCAAAUUUCUGGACUCUACAGGCUCAAGAUUAGAUUAUCGUCGCUAUGCAGACACACUCUUCGAUAUCCUGGUGGCUGGCAGUAUGCUUGCCCCUGGAGGAACACGCAUAGAUGAUGGUGACAAGACCAAGAUGACCAACCACUGUGUGUUUUCAGCAAAUGAAGAUCAUGAAACCAUCCGAAACUAUGCUCAGGUCUUCAAUAAACUCAUCAGGAGAUAUAAGUAUUUGGAGAAGGCAUUUGAAGAUGAAAUGAAAAAGCUUCUCCUCUUCCUUAAAGCCUUUUCCGAAACAGAGCAGACAAAGUUGGCGAUGCUGUCGGGGAUUCUGCUGGGCAAUGGCACCCUGCCCGCCACCAUCCUCACCAGUCUCUUCACCGACAGCUUAGUCAAAGAAGGCAUUGCGGCCUCAUUUGCUGUCAAGCUUUUCAAAGCAUGGAUGGCAGAAAAAGAUGCCAACUCUGUUACCUCGUCUUUGAGAAAAGCCAACUUAGACAAGAGGCUGCUUGAACUCUUUCCAGUUAACAGACAGAGUGUGGAUCAUUUUGCUAAAUACUUCACUGACGCAGGUCUUAAGGAGCUUUCCGACUUCCUCCGAGUCCAGCAGUCCCUGGGCACCAGGAAGGAACUGCAGAAGGAGCUCCAGGAGCGUCUUUCUCAGGAAUGCCCGAUCAAGGAGGUGGUGCUUUAUGUCAAAGAAGAAAUGAAGAGGAAUGAUCUUCCAGAAACAGCAGUGAUUGGUCUUCUGUGGACAUGUAUAAUGAACGCUGUUGAGUGGAACAAGAAGGAAGAACUUGUUGCAGAGCAGGCUCUGAAGCACCUGAAGCAAUAUGCUCCCCUGCUGGCCGUGUUCAGCUCCCAAGGCCAGUCAGAGCUGAUCCUCCUCCAGAAGGUUCAGGAAUACUGCUACGACAACAUCCAUUUCAUGAAAGCCUUUCAGAAGAUUGUGGUUCUCUUUUAUAAAGCUGAUGUUCUGAGCGAAGAAGCAAUACUGAAAUGGUAUAAGGAAGCACAUGUUGCUAAAGGCAAAAGUGUUUUUCUUGACCAGAUGAAGAAAUUUGUUGAGUGGUUACAAAAUGCAGAAGAAGAAUCCGAAUCGGAAGGUGAGGAAAAUUAAAUGGCUCAACAAGCACAAUACCUAGGUUACCACACACCACUUUUUGAUUGGGAAUGCUGAACCAUUUGAGAAGAGAAACUUGGCUUCUGUUUUCGCAAAGGAAAAAAAAAAUAGGAUAGGCUUCCCUUGUGCAGAGGGAGAAAUGGUUUUGUUUUUGUUUUGUUUUUAAAUGGAGCCCUGAGGCAUCAGCUAUUAUACUUGGGACUCUACCUCUCACUCACUAUAUGCUAACUUAAAGCCAUUCAACAAGGAGUCAAGUAGGAUCUGAAAUUAAAUACUCAACAGACUCCUCCUUUUUUAGCUGUAUUUUUCAGGUACUGUGUGGUGACCGCCCCACUGGUGUCUAUUACAGGCCACUUUGGUAGUUGUGUAUCUGCUCAUGUAUGUGAUUUGACAAACCAGUUUUUUAAAAUAAAUGGCUUUUUAAAAAUC